AUGGCGGGCGCAACUCGCAGGACGCAGCAGGACUAUGCCUCUAGGUACAGCAGAAAGCACAGAGCGACCAGGCGUCAGGUGGGACUAGUUGGUGCCUCUCGUGUCCUCGAGAAUGGUCUCCUCACAGAAGACCGCGGGCAAGGGUGGGAUGAAAAGCUGCGAAUGGUUGCUCUUGCAACGACAGGAAUAAAUCCGACAGUCUGGAUGCCUUCACCACGCGAGUGGAUUGGGGGUCGACCAGUGAAAAGCAGGGCCCAAAACCGACAAAGCCCAGCAAAACGCCAGUCCCGAGGGAGCAAGAGAAAGCUCAACGGUAGAGGGGGCAAAGGACCCAAAGAUGACAGGGCUGAUGAGAAGGAUGCUUCGAGCUCGAGGAACCGCUAG